UAUUCUUUGUUGUUUACAAAAGUUUUCAAGACGGAAGGAUUGGAUAUGGUUGAGUGCCUUGCGAAUAAAACGUCUAAGCGGAUUCGCCCUUUGUGUUAUGAAUGGUGUGGUUGAAUUUCAAGCUUGUGGAUUACAGAAGUUUAUUUGAAACUAAUAAAAAUGGACAUUUGGAAAAUGGCGGAUCAGACUCAUCGUUUUUAUAGAAAGUGAACUGCUUUCUGCGGGUACCAGGUUGUCAUUGAAACGAUAGUUCUCGGAAGAAGAAUUAUCUUACCAUUUGUCACAACUGCAUUCUACUAAUAGUUUUCUUCUCUAUUCCAGCGAAGACAAUAGCCAAGGUGCGUAAUCGGUUGCAAACGCUGAAUAAAAUGCUCACCACAUCAGCGAGCAAAACGGAGCAGGCGCAGCUGGAAAUUCAAAUCGGCGACCUCAAGCGGGAACUGAAUGGGCUGAUCGUGAGCGCCGACCAACGAUGUUCUACGGCUCAGGUUCGUGGAUUUCAUUUUCCGCUGGUUUCCAUGGGCGAGAUCGAACGGUUGGAGGAAGCCGUGCGAGGCAAUUUCGACGUGAGAAAGGAGUAUGUCCGCUAUCUAACGGUUAAAAAGCCACCGUCGAUGGACGUGACUAAUUUCUUCUCUUACCUCUUCACGGACGAUGCCCUGAUAGGCUACAACUACUCAGGAACGAACAACAUUGGCGAACAGAAAAUGCCGAUGCGGAAUUAUGAAAUUUUCAUCGAUUGUAUGAUUGAAGCGUGGGCUGAUCAUGGCCUGGACCAUACGAUGCUGGAGGAGAAAAUCAAAAUUGUUGUGAGGAAGCUAACAGCUAGACGACGGAUGCAAAAGUUCAGAAAGAGAAAAUCAAUAAAAUCUUAAGUGUUAACAUUAA